UUCCCUUUACCUUCUUUCAUUUCUUGACAACUUUAUCUCCAAAACAACAUGGCACACAACACCACCCACAGGCGCAUUUUAGCAGCUCCAGACCAUAAUCCUAAAACUUCCAUUUCCAUGGAUCCCACUCUCAAAAAGCAACCAAAACCCACCCCCUUUACCUCCAAGAGUACUAUAGACAACAUCUCCAAUCAAUUUUCCCAUCUCAAUGCAAAUCACAAAAUCCUUAAAUCUGGGCAUACAUCAUAUUCACUUGACACACACUUAAAGCCCAAAUCUUGGACUGGUUCAUCAGUUCUUGAUUCUUCAUGCUCAGCUCUGACCAAGUCAAAGAGCCAACAGGGGAAAACAGAGGCAAUUAUCAAGAAAGUACCCCAAAAGGGUAAAGAGUUUCACAAAGAAGUAGAUGUUAAAAGGGCAUUUGUUAAUUUGUCUAAAAGUCAAGAAAUUGAAAGGUUCAAAGGGUUUGAUGAGAUAAAAAAGCAAUCUUUAUCAGUAUUAUUGAAGAAUAGUGGAAGGAGGAAAUCAUUUUGUGGUUCAAAAAUUGAGUUGACUGAUUUCUUUUCUCGUAGUGGUGUGAAAGUUGUGUCUGUAGACAUGCCACCAUUUAUGCAGAUUCAUACUGUCAAUUGUGCAAGAAAGACUCAUGAUAGCUUGGAAAAGUUUACAUCUAAAGCUCUUGCACUUACUCUCAAAAAGGAAUUUGAUGAAGUGUAUGGACCAGCAUGGCAUUGUAUAGUAGGGACCAGUUUUGGUUCUUUUGUAACACAUUCUAUUGGUGGUUUCAUGUAUUUUUCUAUGGAUCACAAGAUAUAUGUACUCCUUUUCAAGACUACUGUACAAAAAGAAGAAUCUAGUUUAAAAUCUUGAGGUGAAAUAUAGACCAAAGUUUUGGUAAAAAUGUGCUGUCUAUGUAGUUUAUUG